GGUAUCGACAGUCAACACAGCUGUGGGUUAACGUCCAUUUUUACAUUACUUUGGUUUAAAGUCGUGGUUGUCCCUGUGUGUGUUUGAACAUGUGAGACACUGAGGACAAUGGUUCCGAUAGGCACAGAGACUACGAGCAGCCCUGAGCACCGGGGCAUCUAUUGGUGAGUGUGUUUGCGUGUCUCGGGUUUGUGGGGGCAGUUAUUGUGUCUCGUGGGAGGUGCGUGUUGUUUUUGGGGUGGUUUGUUUGCAGAUCUCGUAACUCUGCCAGGGUGGUCUGCUUUGGGAAUAAGAGAAAGUUUCUGGUUGUGUGUAUUGACAUUUAUGUUUGUGCAUGUGUUGGGUGGGCGGGUGUGUGUAGAGGACAGUGCUUUAUAUGCAGCUUUAAGGGGAAGACACAGCUUCCACAGCUUCCACAGCGCAGACGAAGAGACAGAGAGAGGACAGAAUGAGAAGAAGUCUGAGUUUAACCAUCAGACGGGAGUUUGUUCACGUUGGUGAAGUAGCCUGAGAAUCAAGACACAGAAGAAAUCAGGGAGGACAAACCUCUGCACAUUUAGUGCUUUUAAUAUAAAAGCCAGUGGAUGUAGAAACAGCAGAGCUGGAUCUACAGAUGUCAGACACAGACCUCCUCGCCUCCCCCUCCUCCUCUCCUUCUCCCCCUCCCCUCUUCCACUGUGAUUACACUGACUGGUCUCCCUCCUUCUCCAUCAUCCCGUCCGUCUACCUGCUGGCCUUUUUAGUUGGUUGCCUUGGCAACGGCCUGGUGCUCUGGGUCUACGUGGGCCGAGCCGAGGGGAGAAGACGAACGAGGGCUGGGGAUGAAAGCAGGAAGAAGAUUGGACACGUGUGUUUUUGCUGCAUCAGAACCAGUCAGGCGACGGUUGCCGGAGGUGGAGGAGUGAACCAGGAGUCAUUUCGUCAGAAGAAAGGAAACAGAUAUUCCUUAGGACAAAACAACAGACCCUCCUCCCAGUCCUCCAGCUCUUCCUCUCCUCCUCCCUCCAUCCCUCGCUCCUCCCGCACCCUCACUGACUCCCUGAUAGCCAGCUUAGCCCUAGCAGACCUCUGCUUCCUCGUGACUCUGCCGCUCUGGGCCGUCUACACAGCCAUAGGCUACCACUGGCCUUUUGGGCAGCCCCUCUGCCAAAUCAGCAGCUUCCUCACCGCUCUCAACAUGUACGCCAGCGUGUUCAGCCUGAGCAUGCUCAGCGUGGAGCGGUACUGGGUUCUGACCGGACGCCACCCCCCCAGCCACCAUGCCCCGCACAGCUUCCCCAGCAGGGCGCUCUGGGUCCUCGGGGGAGUGUGGGUCCUGGCCGGGGUGCUGGCGCUGCCCGGUUUGCUGCUGCGCUCUGUCCAGGAGGUGGAGCUGGACUCGGACUCUGGAGAUGGUUCUGGAUCAGUACUUCUGUCCUGCCAGAUGGAUUACUCCUUGUUAAUAGGGGCAGAGGUGGAGGAGGCCGACAGGGAGAGGGCUGAGAUGUGGUGGACGGCCGCCUUGAGUCUCAAAUCAACCUUAAUUGGCUUCGUGCUGCCUCUGGUCAUUUUACUGGUCUGCUACUGCUCCCUGGCCCAGUUACUGAGCAGACAUUUUGGAAAGGGCCCUCGUCCAGACCGCAGGCGCCAGCGCCGGCUCCUCAGGGUUAUCGUGACUUUAGUGAUGGCCUUCUUCCUGUGCUGGCUGCCGCUGCACGUCAACAAAACCGUGUCCAUGCUGCUGGAGUUUGGUUUCGUGCCCUACUCCUGCCCUUUAGACCAGGUUUUACUCGCCGCUCAGCCCUACGUCACAUGCUUGGCCUACCUCAACUCCUGCCUGAACCCCGUCCUGUACGCUGCCUGCGACCCGUCGUUCAGGAGGAAAUGCAGAGGAGCUCUUCUCGUGUUCUGUAGGAAAGUAGAGGAGGAGUCAGCGGAUGAACGAGGGGAAGAGAAUGAGAAAAUGAGCUCAGCUCUUCCUAGAAGAAUGCAGGAGGAUACAGGGGACAGGACCGAGGAGGACAUGGUGACUGAAGGCUGAGAGAUUUCCCACAAACUUUCCCAUGUGAACCAAGCCACCACCACUCUGCUUCUAAUAUUUACCUUGUUUAUUAAUUUCUGUUGCACUAUUGUGAAUGUUAUUUUUGAAUAAAAUCACAGACUGGGUUGUUUAUUCAAGUGACAUUUUUGCUUUGGCUUCCUACAGAUAAACUAGACAGAAACACAACAAACAGGCAAUCCUUACAAAUAAAAAUAUAAUCAAGUCAAUAAAUUUAUGUCACAAAGA